UGAUCCCCCUGUCUGUUAAUCCAAUGUGCAAAACACGGAGACAGAGGUCACAGACAAUCAGAACCUCUUCUUGCUGAUCCAAUGGGAUGUGGACUGAAUAGAGGAUGUGUCAUUGCUUAUAUCCUACAUCUAACUAUUGAAUGGGAGCAGACAAGCGUGGUGGCAUAAUUAAGCCACCUGACAACUCUUUUCCAGAAAGUUCAAUGUUGGGGUACCAGGGAGGAGCCCAAGCUGUCAUUGGAAGCCAGAAGAAGAUGGACAUAACUAUCCAACACCCCUGGUUCCGCCGCCAAUUUUACUCCCUCUUUGGACCAAACAGGAUGUUUGAACAGUGUUUUGGGGAGCACCUCCAAGAAGCUGAUUUGUUCCCAUCUUCAGUACUAUCCCCAUUCUACUACAAAUACCCAUUUCUCAGACUGCCAUCCUGGAUUGAAAGUGGCUUGUCAGAGAUGAGACUAGAGAAGGAUAAGCUCUCCAUUAACCUUGAUGUGAAACAUUUCUCCCCUGAAGAGCUGAAAGUUAAAGUGUCAGGAGACUUCAUUGAAAUCCAUGGAAAGCAUGAGGAGCGUCAGAAAAUAUGUUUUGGACUAAAAGGAAUUUGGAUUAUUUCUUCCCAGGAUGAGCAUGGCUAUGUUUCCAGAGACUUCCAGAGAAGAUAUAAAAUCCCAGUGGAUGUUGAUCCCCUAUCCAUCACUUCAUCCUUGUCCCCAGAUGGAGUACUGACAGUGUGUGGACCCAGGAAACUGGCUGAUGUCCCUGAACACUCUAUCCCAAUCACUCGUGAAGAGAAGGCAUCUAUUGGAGCUGCCCCCAAGAAGUAGAGUCUCUCGCCUAUUCCAGACAAACAAGAUACCCUUCCACCCUGCCAGAGAGCGUGCGCGCGUACUACAUUGCUACAUGUAUUUAUUUGUGCUGUCCUGUGACCAAAUCAAAUUACUAAUUCAAAUAAAAGCAAGGAGAAGCAUCUUCAA